AUGGCUAAGCCAAACACACGCAAGCGACUACCUACCAAGACAAAUGGCGAAAUUUCAGAGGCAAAUGGGAAAGUCCAGCCAGACAGUUUGGUAGACGAAAGUGCUCGCAAGAAACAGCGUCUCGAAGCCGUACCGAACGAAUCUACCACCGGCCAAUUCACUCCCACAGAACCCCUUGAGAUCAACCAAGAUCCUGAUCGGGUCUUAUUUGCAUACUGGGUCCCAAAUGUGUCCGGCGGCCUCGUCAUCUCCAAGAUCCCCCAGAAGACCAGCUGGGACCUUGCAUCCAACGUGCGCUACGCAAAGACCGCCGAAGAGAACGGCUUCGAGUACGCACUGACACAGAUUCGCUUCACAGCUUCAUACGGAGCCGCCAAUCAGCAUGAGAGCGUCUCCUUCUCGCAAGCCCUGCUGCACAACACCGAACGCCUCAAAGUCAUCGCUGCGAUUCUGCCAGGUCCAUGGAAUCCCACCGUUGUCGCUAAGCAAAUUGCAAGUAUCGACCAUUACACUAACGGUCGCAUUGCGGUAAAUAUAGUAUCUGGCUGGUUCAAGGGCGAGUUCACCAGCAUCGGCCAGUGGUGGCUUGAGCAUUCAGAGCGGUACAGGCGCUCAAACGAGUUCAUCCGCGCACUGAAGGGUAUAUGGACCGCUGGCGAAGAAGGAUUCACCUUUGGCGGAGACUUUUAUCAAUUCCGAAACUACAACCUGCAGCCAAAGCCGCUGCAAAACCCGCAUCCAGAGAUCUUCCAGGGCGGCAAUAGCGAUGAUGCGCGCGACAACGGAGCCCAAGUCAGCGAUUGGUACUUUAUGAAUGGGAACGAUCUCGAUGGGUUCCGUAAUCAGAUCGCAGAUGUGAAAGCGCGCGCCCGAAAGGUGGGGCGGGAAGACCAUGUCCGCUUUGCGGUGAAUAGCUUCGUUAUACUGAGGGACAGCGAGGAGGAAGCGAUCCGUGUUCUACAAGAGAUCCAGGGCAAGGCCGAUGUCGAAGCUGUCUCGGCAUUCCGCGAUGCAGUACAACAAGCUGGAGCCAGCACGGGCAACAAGAAGGGCAUGUGGGCGGACAGCAAGUUUGAGGAUCUGGUACAGUACAACGAUGGGUUCAAGACGAAGUUGAUUGGCACCAAGGAGCAGAUUGCAGAACGCAUACUGCUCUUGAAGAGUUUAGGGGUUAACUUGGUGUUGACGGCGUUUUUGCACUAUGAAGAAGAUAUCGAGCGGUUUGGCAAGGAAGUUUUACCGCUGGUGAGGAAAUUGGAGGGUGAAGGGAGGGGAAAGGAUGCUGAAUACGAGAUUGAACGAACAGGAGACAUUUAUCGGAAGGAGUAAAUACUUGUCUUCAUAAUCAAGAGAGGAUUUCAAAAGCGCCUGCGCCCUAGCUGAGUUAGUCAGCAGGCCUACCUUGGAAGAUUCCACGUAAUCACAAACAUCUCUUCCCUCAAAUUAUAACUCUACAGACCAAAGAUAGCUCAACAGGGUGUAAGUGCUGAUUAUAUCUUUUUUAAUUGGGCU